CGUUCCCCUAUCGAGUUCCCUUCACAUCCGCCCGCGCGCACGACUUUACCUCGUGUAUAUGUAGGAGCCACGCACACAAACCACCAAACCACGAUGAUGGGGGAACUAUGGAACGGGUGAUUGUCCAGAGUGUCAGCCCACUGAUAUCCUUAUCAGUGAGUAUUGACCAACAAUUGCGUGUCUCUGUUAUCCGUCUGAUAUAAAACGGAAUGUUCGAUCAUGUCACCGCGAAGGUAUUUAGCAUCACGUCCGCGGAAGUGUUUCCCGAAAGGAAUGAUAUCGCAAAUUACGUGACAUGGCGUGAUUCGGUCACGCAGCUAAAGUAGAAUUUUGCAAGGGCGUGUGGAGGAGGAGGUUAUGCGAACUCUUUAUUAUAUCUGUCAAACGCGUUAGCAGCAAUGGACGAGCACAUGCAUUUGUGGCGGGACGCCAACAAGUUGUCGUUCGCAUUCGAGGACAAACCGAACGGUAUCAUUUCCAAGCUCGUCGCCGUUAGAGAUCACAUUUUUUUAACGACCACGAGCAACGGUCUUUAUUACGGCGAGGUGUCGUUCUCGGAGACCGCGUCGCCGAGACUCGCCGUGUUCAAACGAUCCGGUCUCGACGCCGUCGACGUAGCGUCGAAUUCCGAACAUUUGUUCGUUGUAAAUACAAACGGACACGUUUUGAAAGUAAAUCCCGAGAAUAUGGGCGUUGUGGACACGAUAAUAAUCAAGGAAGAAGUGAAGUAUUGCAGCCACGGAUACAAGGACAACGAGGUGGUGAAGGUGAAGUCUGUUGCUGUGAGCGAUCACGCGGCGUUGUUUGUCACCGAAAACGGACAGCUUUGGGCUAGCGGCAAUCAGCCUCAAAUAGAGAUAAGCAGCGCAGAACCAAAGAGAGUUGGAUUCUUUCGAGGAAAGACGGUGUCCGAGGUCGCUUGCGGUUCGAAUUUCAAUGUAGUUACCGUUAGAAAAAGUAAUAAGCUCAUAAAAGACGACACCGACAGCGAAAACGAUUCGGAGGAAGAAGUAUUUGUUAAUUCUUGUCCGCAAUGUCUGAACAACGUUAGGCUGAGUCCGGGCAGUGUGACGUCUUCGGACACGUGUCUCACCGGUCCUCACGCCCAGCAGUUCAGCGAGGAUCGAUCAACAAACUCCAUUAGCGCUUUGUCCACCGCCAGCAAAGAACAUCUUUUUCUGCCGGAGAUAGACAAGAGGGAACAGUAUUCUUCCGGUAUUGUUGAGAACGGCGAGGAUUGUCUCGGUAAUUUGACGGAUUGCGAAAAAGGCGAGAAGAAGAACGUUAUAUUCAUAAACACCGAGACCGCUCGGCAGUUUCUAACCAGACAGUUGUCUUGGGUCUCGUCCUACGGGAGCGCCAAGGAGGACAUUCCUUUGGAGAGCGUCGAUCGAUCGACCAGAUUGAUCAAGCAAAAUGUAUCGACUGUGGCGAACUUGGUUUACGAGGGAGUGAAAAAUGUCGGAGGCAAAGUCGUAACUUUAUCCAGACACAUGAGCGGAAGUUCCGAUAUCAACGAGUCCAAAGCUGACAGCAACGAGCACUUGGAAGAACAGGGAAUUAUUUACGCCAAACCCGCCACGACCAGUUUGGCGUUGAGUCUGCGAUGCGAGGAGUUUCCUUGGUCGUCGAGCACGGGUUCGUCGGAACACGAAUUGUCUCAGCAAGGAUUGAACGAAAGAAUCAACGCGCUCUCUCGCACCGGCAGCAACAUACUGGGAACAGAACUCUGGACAUGGGGCGACGUGCAUUACGGACAGUUGGGAACGGGUGAUAUAAUUAAACGAACGCAUCCGGUAUUGGUGGCAAAGCUCAGCAAUACCGGGAUCCGGAAAAUUUCCUGCGGUGCCUUUCACGUGCUUGCUUUAACAUUGGACGGUAGAGUGUUCGCAUGGGGACGUAACAACUUCAAACAGGUCGCGUUGCACAGCACAAUAGAUCAGAGCGCUCCUCAGUUAUUCGCCACAAAACUAUCUUCCGACGAAAGAGCCAUCGAUAUGGCAGCUGGUAACUUCCAUAGUCUGAUAAUGAUGCAUCACGGAUUGUAUUUUAUGGGCCAGUCGAAUAAGAUCGGCGAUAUGUUUCAACUUGACGUUCAAACGAAAGAAUCGAGCAGAUCUCCGAGAGAGAUCUUCAGUUCCGGACGAUACACUUGUUGUUCUGUGAUAAACGAGCCGGCAAUAAAUGUCGCGGAGAAUCUGAUAAGCGAUCAGAUCUUUCUCGAGGAGAUGUUGACUGUUUAUCAAAAUCUCAUCAGACCGUUUCAGAAGAAGAGCGUGGGCGCGACUCAGGAAGCGAAUGCGUACGAGACUCUGUGUCGUUGUUACGCAGAACUGAUGAAUUUUAAUGUAUUGAACGUUACGAGUUUGUGGGAUUAUUUCAAUCACAUCGGAGAGGCGUACGAAAUCGCGAUUGUUGCCAAUAUAGAGGAAUUUACCGCGGUGUACAAAUAUUAUUUAAAUGCUAUUUGCGACGUUAUGUCCCUCGGCGGUUUUGUGCAUAUUGCGAAACUUGUUGAAGUGCCACAAGUAGUAUCGAGUAUAUUUGUAGAUAGUUUGAAAAGUAGCGAUGUAAAAAGAAACAGCAAGGAUGUCAUUGUGACAAUGGCGUUGCAGCAUCCUUUGUGCAACCUGAACAGAUAUAAGGAUACGAUUCACAGUUUAAUAAAAAGCAACGGAACAAGAAUGGGGAUCGAACGGUUGCAAGAGGCUCUCAUAAAAUGGGAGCAGGUGCACGACGAACAAGAGAGACGUCAAAAGGAGGCGGAGGUCACGAAGUCGUUUUGGGAGAACUCCGGCAAACUGGGAGAAUCGUUGAGGUCGCCCAACAGAAGACUUGUCAGAGAAUCAAAGGCGUAUCCACUGUCGAUAUACAAUUCCGGCAGAUUCUCGUCUCAUUGGUUUGUCCUGUUGACGGAUAUUUUUAUACACGUUACCGGAACCACACACACGGUCCAUUCGCUGCGAACUUUAUGGGUGGAACCUCUGCCUGAUUCCGAAAACAUACAGAACGCUAUAUCGAUUGUUACGCCAGAAGAUAAUUUUAUAUUGUACACCCCCACUCCGCCUGAACGUAACGACUGGUUACACGCGCUACAAAAUACCAUAAAGUGCUGCUUGCAACGAGUGAUCGGAAUUGUGCCUCCUUUAGCACGCUCGAGCUCGUUUACGUUUACAAAACACAGCGUCUUCAAAGACGCAACUUACACCGGUCGAUGGCUUAACGGUAAACCGCACGGUUCUGGAAAACUGGAGUGGUCCGACGGUCGUUCGUACGUCGGUCAAUUUCACAAGGGAAUUAUUCAUGGAACUGGAAAGAUGGAAAUUCCGACGCAGGGCGUUUACGAGGGCCAGUGGAAGGACGGUCAGCAAAACGGAUACGGAACGAUGAAAUACGCCAAUGGAGAUUUUUACGAAGGAUAUUUUAAAGACGGAUUACCUCACGGCCACGGUGUGAAGAAAGAAGGUCACUUUAUGGCGUCGGUCGCGUCUGUUUACAUCGGAGAAUGGGCCGGCGGUGUCAAGCAGGGAUAUGGAAUAAUGGACGACAUUAUGACAGGUGAGAAAUAUCUCGGAUCGUGGAGCAACGGUAUGAAACACGGAAACGGUUUGAUUGUGACCCUCGAUGGCAUUUAUUACGAGGGCGCGUUCACGCAAGAUGUUCUCACGGGACAUGGAGUAAUGGUGUUUGAGGAUGGUACGCAUUACGAAGGUGAGUUCAAGUCGGCGGGAAUAUUCUGCGGAAAGGGUAUAUUGACGUUUCGAAGUGGCGACAGAUUGGAGGGCAAUAUGAACGGCGCUUGGAACGAAGGCGUUAAAGUUAUCGCCACGUUGCACAUAAACAAAGCUAACGGAACUGCACAACCAAAUUCGAAGCCAGCGUCCUUCGGAAAA